CUCGCCCGAAACGGAACAUUAUUCUUCAAGCAACCACGAAAGUACGUGGUGCGUGCGGAGCAGAUUUGUUUUAGUGUUAAGUAAUUUAUAUAGUUAAACAAAUAUGAGGGAAAUCGUGCAUAUCCAAGCUGGUCAGUGCGGCAACCAAAUCGGCGCCAAGUUCUGGGAGAUUAUCUCCGACGAACACGGCAUCGACCCAACUGGCGCCUACCACGGCGACUCUGACUUGCAACUAGAACGCAUCAACGUUUACUACAAUGAGGCGUCCGGUGGCAAGUACGUACCCCGCGCCAUCCUUGUGGAUCUCGAGCCCGGCACCAUGGACUCGGUCCGCUCUGGACCUUUCGGACAGAUCUUCCGACCUGACAACUUUGUAUUCGGACAAUCCGGUGCCGGCAACAACUGGGCUAAGGGACACUACACAGAAGGCGCUGAGCUCGUAGAUUCAGUACUAGACGUAGUCCGCAAAGAAGCUGAAUCAUGCGACUGCCUCCAAGGUUUUCAACUCACACACUCCCUCGGUGGCGGUACCGGCUCCGGUAUGGGAACACUCCUUAUCUCCAAAAUCAGAGAAGAAUACCCCGACAGAAUCAUGAACACAUACUCAGUCGUACCCUCGCCCAAAGUUUCAGAUACAGUAGUAGAACCUUACAAUGCCACACUCUCAGUACAUCAGUUAGUAGAAAACACCGACGAGACCUACUGUAUUGACAACGAAGCUCUCUAUGACAUCUGCUUCCGCACGCUCAAACUAUCCACACCCACGUACGGCGACCUCAACCAUCUCGUGUCGCUCACAAUGUCCGGCGUCACCACCUGCCUUAGGUUCCCUGGUCAGGCGCUCUCUGGAUGUUUAUGA